CUUCGCCUUUUUAAUUUAGGAUUUUAAAAGUAGCCCAGCAUGUGUGUUAGAAGGCAGGCGGCGUCACAAAAGUCUGACUGAUUAAAACCGUGAGUUGUGAUCUUCCUGGCAGCCUGUGAAGGCAGCAGCACAGCCUCGGUUCACACUUCCUUUGAGCAGGAGCUCACUGGUGCAGCCAUUUUGAUUUGGAACCGCAGCGCUGGAGAGAAACUGUGUGGAAAAGGUGGGGGUUAUGUUGCUUUAAGCACGGAUCGAAGAUUAGUUUCCAUUCCCAUUCUCCCACUGUGCGGAACUUUAUUUCAACGUAAAGGCAGGUGUAAAUCCAGAGGAGAGUGAUGUGGGACCAGGGAGGACAGCCCUGGCCGCAGUGGCCUCUGAGCCAGCAGCAGUGGAUGCAGUCGUUCCAGCACCAGCAAGAUCCAGGUCAAGUGGACUGGGCUGCCCUGGCACAGGCAUGGAUAGCCCAAAAGGAGUCGACAGGAGCUGAGCCGCAGAACAUUCAGCCCAAUGGCCAGGACAUCCCAGGCCUUGAACCUGUCGGACAGAGCAACCACGGCGCCUUCCAGGGUGACCCAGCAUUUGGCAGACUGUGGCAGCCAGAAUGGGGAAUGCAUGGCCAGCCACCUCCUCCUCCACCCCCUGAGCAGCCCUGGAUCCCUCCAGGGUCAGGACCGAUGGAUGUGGUGAACCCCAGCGAGGACAGCAACAGCCAGGACAGCGUGGAGUUCAACUCUGAAGCCCACCACGGGGUUUACCCCCAGAACAGCCAUGGGUAUGGGGCACAGCCCGACAGCUACGCCAUGGCCCCCAUGGCCAUGAACCAGUUUGAUUAUCAGCAUGGAGCCGCCUCCUCCUUCGCCCCUGCACCCACAGGCUUCCACUCCCCAUAUUGGCAGGGUCCCCCUCAGAACAGACGAGAUACCAGACCACCCGGGUUCAGAGACCGGCCCAGAUCCCCUAUCCAGCUCCCUGUCAAACAGGAGGCUCCAGCCCCACUAGUUUCCCCUUUAGAUGCUGUAAAACGGCGCACACUACCUGCAUGGAUCCGAGAAGGCCUUGAAAAGAUGGACCGAGAGAAGCAGAAGAAGAUGGAGCGAGAGCGAAUGGAGAAGGAGCGCGCAAAAAUGGCAAAAGAUGAUGGCAAAGCGCACGAGGCAGACGGGGAAGGGGAUGGGCCACGAGUCCCCCGCAAGAGUAAAUUUGACAGUGACGAUGAGGGUAAUGAUGACAAUGACGAUGAAGAAAAGACCUCCAUGAAGAAAGAAUUUUCUGGCCGGAGCCCGUCGCCUGCUGCUGAGGACAGUGAGCCUGAAAUGACGGAGGAGGAAAAGGAAUUCCAGUUGAUGAUCAUCACAAAAACACUUCUGACAGAGAUCCUUCUUGAGGUCACUAAUGAAGAGAUCCAGCACGUAGCCAAAGAGGCUCACCGGAAAGCCACUCGAGCUCCUGCAAAACAGCUGGCACAGUCAAGUGCACUGGCUUCUCUGACUGGUCUCAGUGGGCUUGGUGACUAUGGUUCGGAUGAGAGUGAGGACGACGACGACCGCAGUGUGCGAGGGUCUGAAUCCUCCGACACCGAUGAGGAGGAGUUGCGCCACCGCAUCCGGGAGAAGCAGGACGCCUUCCGCCGCAAAGAGCGGGAGACGCUGCAACUUCAAGAAAAACAAGCACAAGAAGCUCUGCUUGCACGCGAAGAGAUGGUGAAGGAGAGAUUGAGCAGAGAAAAGGGGGAAUAUGAUGAGGGCCAACUAGAGAAUCCACACAAACAGGAAGUAAAAGAGAGGGAGGCGGAGCCCUUGGUAGAGAGACGUAGGUCCCGUAGUGAGAAGGAGGAUAGUGAGAGCAAGCCCUCAGGCAGAGGGAAGGAGCGAUCAGGGCGAGGCGGCAGCGAUUCCCCAGCCAACGGGCAUAGCAGCAGCUCCCGCUCCACCUCCAGCCACAGCAGCCGCCGUUCUUCCUCCUCCUCCUCCUCUUCUUCCUCAGCAUCUUCGCGCAGUUCUUCUCGAUCCUCCUCCCCACGAAGGAAGAGGAGGCGUAGCCGCUCCUCCUCUCACAAGGCUCGCCGGCGCAGCCGCAGCCACAGCUCCCACAGGCAUCGUAGUGAGAAAGUUAGGGACAGGAGGAGGAGCAGUGCCGAGAGAUCAGGCCGCCACAAGAAAGAGCGCAGUGAUUCUAGGGAGCGCAGGAGCCGCAGGAGUAGAUCCAGAUCCAGAGAGAGAGACCGGGGCAGAGCCAGGGCCAGAGACAGCCGCAGUCGCAGUAGAGACAGAGAGAAGGAGAAGGAAAGGGAAAGGGACAGGAAACGGAGCCGGGAUGGUCGAGACAGCAGUCACAGUCGCAGCAGCAAACACAAACAGAAGGCCUCCAGCAAAGACAGAGAGAGGAGGAGGGAAAGGAGUCAUAGCCAUGACAAAGACAAGAAAAAGAAGGAUAAGGAUAGGGAGAAAGACUCCGAUAAAAAGAAAGAAAAGCCAAAGGCCAAAGAGAAGGAGAAGGGAAGCUCUGUAGUCACAGAGGAGAAUGGCAAAUCCAAGAAAAGGAAGGAGAGUGACUCAUACACGGACUCUCAGAGUGACAAGCACUCCCGGCAGGACAGCAAAGCCAGCAGGAAGGGCUCCGCCAAAGCUAGCAAGAGGCGCUCAGACUCUGACUCAAGUAGAUCCCCUACCCCUGAAGUUAGCAAAGAAAAGAAAUCAAAAAAAUCCAAACGUAGUCGCUCAAGGUCGACGGAAAAAUCUCACAAGUCUGGUAAGAAGGCAAGCCGCAAACACAAGUCUAAGUCGCGAUCAAGGUCAACAUCCCCCUCCCGUCGUAGCAGACGCUGAGGAGCACAGUUAACCUCCUGAUCUGUGCACUUUACCAUUUUAAAUUCCAUGAGUUGAACAGGCUUGUCUCAUUAUAGAGGCAGUUGUGUAGGUGACCCCCCCCAUACAUUUCUUUCAUCUUUGUAAAUAUGUUGUUAUUUUUAAAGUGUGACUGAAGAGCAAGACUUUCUGAAUGGUAGGAGUUUUCACUUGUAUCGUUAUGCAAAGCUUAAUAAGACUCUGUGGACACUAAAAACUCAAAGUUGUACCAUUUUAAAGCGUAACAGGAUUAACUUUUUCCGAAACAUUAUUGUAAGAUGUCCAAAUAAAACUGUUUGUUCCUUGAA